CAUUCUGUGUACACUCUUAUAAAGAAACUUUCACUAUAUUAUAUCACUCAUUUACUAACUUUUUUCAUUCUUCAAUCAUCUUCUUCAUUAUCAUUAUUAUUAAACACUAUUAUCUUAUUUCAGAUUUCUAUCUCUUCUUCUAUUUAACUCUUUCUAUCUGUUUAUCUAUUACAUUAUACAUAUUUCUGACAAUGAUCUCUUAUUCUUAUAAUAAGUAUUAUCAUAGUACUUAUAUCAGACAGUUUAUUAGCA